GCCGCAAAGCGGAUUGCGCACGUUCAUGACGGAAGUGAAGGGUCGACUAAAACUGCGGGCUUUGUGUUAAAAGCAACGUAGUGAAAAUGAAGUUAUUAUUCGGUGUCUUAUGACUUUGACGUCGUUUUCCUUCACCGUACUGUCAGAGAUUUUGAAAGAAUUCACAUCCUUUUGAAGGGUUUUAUUCAGGUGCAAUUGAUAAACAUUUUCCUACUCUGUCGCUGUUUGUUUUGACUUCCACGGUUUUAGAAAUUCCGAUAAAAACCCACUUAUCUAAACAGGCUUUGUUUUCUCUCGACCGGAAUGAAAGAUUAAACUGCAGCAUUGAUCAGCCACAUAUGGCUAAAAUAUCAUUUAGCUGUUUUAAACAGUGGCGAGAUAUAUUGUAUCUUUGUUUUGUAUCUCAGUGGAAACGCUACCAAAAGGACCGUGCAACCUUUUCAAAAUUCUUUUUCAUGAGUACACAGUCCAGUUGUUUAGGAAAGAGACUAAAAUUGGACAUAAACAACAAGAGACCCUUCAUUGCUGCAGCAGCAGGGCUGACUUUGUUAAGUAAGACUUCAUAUCAAGGAAAUACUUCGAAUAAAGACUACCAACUGGAAGCAUCUGAUGCAUUAAAUAAACAAAAACAGAGGCUGAAAAUGGAUAUACCAAAAGCUAUCAAGUCUGAAGAUUUAGAAGCUGAGAAUUCUGGGAAACAGACAGCCAUGAUUAAUGCAUCUCACAUAUCAGAAACCAUGAACAAAGUAAAACAAACUGUACAGAAAAUUGAUGACUCAUCUGAAGUAAAAGAUCUUGAUAAAAAAAGUGCAGAUAGACCCGAAGAAUCAACACAAACAACAGACAAAGAAGUAUCGAAGAUCUUGUGCAUAGGUACUGUAGAUGAAGACAGCAACACACUUAAAUGUAAUUCCACAUCAUUUAUGCAACAGUCUAAGAAAGCUGAAAAUAUUGACACACUGUUUGUCAGUCACUCCUCUUCAGUCUGUUCAAUAGCCAUUAAAUCAAACCUUGAUCAACAAGAUGUGGAAAUGAGUAGUCUAGAAAGUCCUACCAAUUGCCAAGAAGAACCUGCUUGUAAUUUCUUUAUAGCCGAAGGACAAGAACAGUGCAAGAGCAAUGAUGAAUCUAAUUUUAUUAGUAAUACUGGCAAUUUAAUGUGCAAAACAAACAGUGAAAUUCACACAGUUGGAAAAGACAAACUACAGUCGAGUUCUAACAGAAACAACCAUGAAAGCAGGGCAUUUUCAGAGGGGAAUGAGAAUGUAAGCCCUUUAGCAACGGAUACCGGGACAUCCAAGAAUUCUGGAAAACGAGAACCAAAAAUUACUGAUUAUUUUCAAAGAAAACAGCCAGAAUGCGGAUCGCUACCAUGUGACUUCAAAGACCGGAAACGUGUCAAAGUGCCAAAUAAUGGAGGGUCAGCAUCUUCUGAUGCAAAAUGGCUUGGAACACCUAUCAGUGAACUAUGGAGAAUGCCAGAGUGUGGCCAUAUUUUUCCACACUUGAAAAAUUCUUCAACUCAUACUGUAAUGAUAAGGACAGACUUGCUAAGCGAAGGUGUUGUCCCUGUGCCUUAUCCUAUGAAGUACAAAGAUUCCUGGGAUGAUUACAAUGUAAAAAUGCCUUGUUCGGAUAAGAACCUUUAUCCAGUUGAAAAUGAGGAUGGAAAUUCCACGCUGCAAAGUCGAUGGGAUCUGAUCCAAAAUGCUCUUCAAAACCGAUUCAGUAGCUCCUUGGAUUUGAUGGAUGCAAUAUUAAGAUACAGUGCAUCACAUUGUAAGAAAUGGGACUUCACUGCACUAAAUUUGCUUUGCACAGAGGAUCUCGAUAAUGCUGAAGUUCGCCAUUUGUUUGAAUCGCUUCUUCCUGACAUGGUGAAUUUAGCUGUCAGACUACCAAAGCUAUGUACACAGCCGAUACCAUUGCUUAAGGCAAAGAUGAAUCACUCAAUCACAAUGUCACAAGAGCAAAUCUCUUGCCUUCUUGCUAAUGCCUUCUUUUGUACCUUUCCACGCCGCAGUUCCAGGAAAUCCGAGUAUUGUAAUUAUCCAGAAAUAAAUUUCAACAGAUUAUUUGAAGGAUCAACAACAAAAAAGAGAGAAAAACUGAAGACGCUCAUUUGCUAUUUUAGAAGAAUUACUGAGAAGAAACCUACUGGACUUGUGACAUUUACGAGGCAAAGUCUUAGCAGUUUUCCAAAAUGGGAAAGUUCUAAAACUCUGCUUACACGGUUGCAUAUCACUAGUGAAGGCACUAUUGAGGACCAGGGUUAUGGUAUGCUCCAGGUUGACUUUGCUAACAGAUUUGUUGGUGGCGGAGUCACUGGAUCAGGCUUAGUUCAAGAAGAAAUCCGCUUUAUUAUUAAUCCUGAACUUAUUGUUUCUCGACUUUUCACUGAAGCUUUGGAGCAAAAUGAAUGCCUUAUCAUCACAGGUGUUGAGAGAUUCAGCAACUACAAGGGCUAUGCAGAAUCAUACAAGUGGUCCGGAAGCUAUAAUGAUGACACUUUAAGGGACAAUUGGCAAAGAAGAUGUACGGAGAUUGUAGCAAUUGAUGCCUUAAAAUUCAGGCGCUUCCUUGAACAGUUCACACCUGAAAAAAUUAGAAGAGAGUUAAAUAAAGCAUAUUGUGGUUUUGCACGACCAAGUGAAAAAAGUAAAAAGCUGCCUGCUGUGGCUACUGGAAACUGGGGAUGUGGAGCUUUUGGAGGCGAUACUCGAUUAAAAGCUCUUCUUCAGAUUAUGGCAGCUGCAGAGGCUGGAAGGGAUGUUGCAUAUUUUACUUUUAAUGAUACUCAACUUAUGAAAGAUGUCCAUGAGAUGCACACAUUUCUAACCCAAAGAAAAGUUACUAUUGGAAUUAUUGCACAACUGCUUGAUCAGUACUGUAAUAAUGUAUGCCGGAACUGUCGUACACUCAAACCAGAUGUUAGUCUGUAUGCCUUCAUUUACGACUCUCUGGAUUUGCAUUUAGCUUCCACAGAUAGUGAGGAAGACAUGGCUAAACCCAGAGGAUGCAAAGAAAACAUUUAAUCAUAGUGUUUUAAAUUUGGUUGAAAAUAUUCUUUAUAAAAAUCCUUUUUGUCAUUGAGUAUGUUAGUCAUGGACUAUGUUUAUAAGUUAUGUUUAAAACAGAAAAGCUCUAUAUGUAUAAUUAAUUUGUUUUCAGUCUUGGGUAAUAUGUUUUAUUAUUUGUUGAUCAGUUUCCCUCAAUAUUCAGACUCUUUCAGAACUACCAAAAUAUGUAUCUGCCCAAAACAUGUAUUUCUUAGAUAUCUUGUUAAGUAGAAUUACUGCUAUUUAAAUUGAAUUUACACACACAUUAGUAAUACUUAAUCACUUUUGCUACUUGCUCACAGACCUUGAAUAGAAUAGGAUAAGAAGAAAAUGCACCGAACAUUAAAAUGUAUUGUAAGUUUAUUCAUUGUAAUAUGAAUUGAUUAUGUUGUUUUCAUUUUACCUACACAGAUUGUUAUACUCUCAUGUUUAUUCAGUUCCCUGAUUAUGGCCGGUUGACAUUUUUCCUUAAUAUAUUGACAGAUUCAGCUAAAAAAUGCCUUCUUUGUCCAUCAGAAAUUGCAAAGUUUAAAUUUUUUUUUGUCUUAAGUGCAUUGUGUUCUCAUAGAAUACUAAAUUAAUGGUUUUUAAGGAGUUCUGUUAAAUGAUCUAAAUUAAACUGAUGCCACCUCCCCCCAAUUCAAAGUUAGUAACUGAAAGAACCCAAAAAAUAUUUUAGAUUACUGUAUUUUAGGACCUACCAUGUUAUAAAAAUGUACUGGUCUUGUCGUGGGGACUACCUAGUCAUUGACAGAGGACUGUCCAUUCAGGAUCUCAUCAUUUUUUGUAGACGAUGCUUCUUUGAAAAUAAGAAUUAGUAGAGUUAAGUAAACAAAUCUAUCAAUAAAUACAUUUAGUUAGAAAACCUUAGAUAGAACAGCUUGGCUGAUUUUACCUAAUAUGCCGGCCACUUAGUUCAUUCUAAAUGGCCAGUCUAAGUAAUCUGCAUUCUGUCUAAAUGAGCCAGAAUACUCAUUUGCAGUCUUUUCAAAGGAUAAUUUCAUUCCCAGUGCUCAAACUCUGCAUUUAUUCUUGAGAGCAGGAUUGAUCAUUGGGAUUCCCUUGUUAUUACAUUUGGCCUGUUAUUUGUAGAAUGUCACUUGACAUGUCCACUUUCAAAGGCCUUGACUGUUAGACAGGAUGGGGCUUCUAAAUUCCCAGUGACCCCACACAUUAAUUAAUAGUGUUUCCUUCUUUUGCCAUUGUGCCGCCUAUUCAUAUUUUAUUUUUACCUUAAUUAGUGCCUUUUUCAUGAAUCGACCCAUGACUAACCAGGUGUUUUUGUGACACUGUUGUAACAUGCAAGUAUGUUUAAGAAAGUUUAAAUGUGUAAACAGUAUAUAGUUAUUUGAUCAUUUUACUUUGGUGAUUCAAGUAACACAAAGUUUAAUAAAAGAAUAUAUGUGUAUAAACAAUUAAAUAUUUUAUGCAGUUCUUUAUACCUGAAUUUAUAUUCUUUUUACAGAUACAUCUAAAUGAUUUCCUCAGUAUAGGCUAUUAAAAUGUGGGAGUUUGUAAAGAGUCCCCAAUGCUUUUUUUCAAAAUUAUCAAAUUGGUUAGCAGACUGUAAGUUCUGGUUUGUUAAUGAAAAAUUAUUCUUAAAAUACAAAUUAACAGUUUGGAUUAAAUCUGUAUCCUUCAAGUAUUUUAAUAGUUUUCUUCACAAUUUAUGUUCAGAUGUAUUGUUCUUGUACAGUAUAUAAUACAAAUCCAUGCGACAUAUAAAACAGCAUGUAAAGUUUGACAUCAUCCAGAUUUGCUAAAUUCUUUCAAAUUGUUUGAGGUUUGCAAUAAGAACAUUCAUUAAUUUUGUAUAAUGUUAUUGUAAGUUGCAUUGCGUUUUUUAUUAUAGUUGAAAGAUUAUAUUUUUUAAAUGUAUCUUUAUUUUACAACUUUUGUCCUAAACUGUCCUCAGUAUCUCCUUAUUCCAAUGUGUUUUGCACUUGCUUUUUUAAAGCAAUAAAAAUAUAUAUUAAAAACACUAUUGUAUUAAUUCAGCUUUUAGGAUUGGAUGGACAACACAUUUUGCUUCUCCAAAGGCCAUAGCUGUAUUAUCUUUUAAAUAAAAAUAUUGUACAAUAGACAUACAAAAGUAGUUUUUGCUUUUAUGAUUUAGCUAGUUUUUCUCCUCAAAUACUUGUCCAAAGUAUGUAUAAAUUGCUGUAGUUUCCAAUUUUUAUGCAGCUAUGUUAAAAUGAUUUAUUCAUUUGACAUAAUUUUACAUAAAAACCUAAAACUAAAUCUAACUACAAUUAGCUCCAAAAUCCUUAUAAUUUAAAUGUUCAUUACAAAAUCUUUUUUUUCCUCAGUGUCUGCUUAAUACAUCUCACAACAUGGAAGCAACUAUAGGAGAAUAUGGCUUUUUUGUUGUUGUUUUUUUAAGGAUAAUUUCUUUCUGCUCACAUUCUGUUUAGCUCUGAUGAAUAUCUGAUUGAUCUUUUCUCAAUCAAUUAAUACUUUGUUUCAAAAAAUUUAAAAUCACAAAGACAAUUGAAUUGGUGAUUCUUUUAAGUUUUGGGUUUUUUUUUUUUAUAUAUCUGUAUUAUUUACAGUAUGUGGCACUUUUAAUUUUUUUUGAAAAGCAUGAGUGUACUCUACCGGUGUAUUACAUUACUGCAAUAUAAAAUGGUGGUGCUGUUUUCCCUGGAAAAAAAAAAAUCUGAAAAGUUGUCCAUUAUGUGUUUAUAUACCUCACGGAAAAUAAAGGAUCUAAUUACCAAG